AUGUCGACGUCCGUCGCACUGGCGCUGGGUCUGGGUAUCGCAAAGGUCGAGUUUGAAUCGGGAGUCGCGAUGUCGGGCUGCUCCUUUCGCCUUUGCCUCGAGGGGCGCAGGACACACAGCGCGCGAAACAGAGCGCUUCCUUACGGUCGCGAGCAGCUUGCAGCCGGUGAAUACAUGUGCGCUGUUGCGUGUCAGGUAGUCGUAAACGUGGCUGGUACAGGACGACAAGAAGAGGAGCAAGAUAAAAUUGAGAGUUUGGCGGCGCAAUGUGAGCACGAAGUGAUGAUACUGGUCGGAGUCGAGGCUGACGUUACGCCUAGCACAGCCAAACUAAGCAAUUACUGCCAAAAUGCGGUAAAGGCAGGCGCACCCCGCGAAACCGUCCUAAGAUAA